GACACGGACAUGGCGACAUCCAGCCCUUGUGUUGUGAUCAGUGAUGAGGAGCAGGGGUAUGACCUGGACCUUUUCUGCAUACCAAAGCACUACGCCACGGACCUGGAGAGGGUCUAUAUCCCACAUGGACUCAUCUUGGACAGGACAGAGAGACUGGCCAGAGAGAUCAUGAAGGAAAUGGGGGGGCACCACAUCGUGGCCCUCUGUGUGCUCAAAGGGGGUUACAAGUUCUUUGCAGACCUGCUGGACUACAUCAAGGCCCUGAACAGGAACAGUGACCGCUCCAUCCCAAUGACAGUGGACUUCAUUCGCCUCAAGAGCUACUGUAACGACCAGUCGACAGGUGAAAUCAAAGUAAUCGGUGGAGAUGAUCUGUCUACACUGACGGGCAAGAACGUCUUGAUCGUGGAGGACAUCAUCGACACAGGGAAGACAAUGAAGACGCUGUUGCAACUCCUCAAACAGUACAAUCCCAAAAUGGUUAAAGUAGCAAGUUUGUUGGUGAAGAGAACACCAAGAAGUGUUGGCUACCGACCGGACUAUGUAGGAUUCGAGGUGCCUGACAAAUUUGUGGUGGGAUACGCACUAGACUACAACGAGUACUUUAGAGAUCUAAAUCAUAUCUGCGUCAUUAGUGAAUCAGGAAAGGAGAAGUACAAGGCAUGAAGAGCACUGCGUAACAAUUUUAAAUGUAUGGUUCUAUCUUUUCCUUUGGCUGUCCAUUUUAUAUUUUAUUACUUCAUAUGCGUGUCAUAAAAAUACUCUCUGAGGAUACACCGCUGGAGAGAUAAUCCUGACAGUUGCAUUGCCUUUUUUAGCCACACACCACACACCACACACCACACACACACACACACACACACACACACACACACACACACACACACACACACACACACACACACACACACACACACACACACACACACACACAGAUUAGAUUCAACUUCAGAGAAAAUUGAUUCUCAGUUAGAACCAUGUCAGGGUUUAACAGCAUGGAGCCCAGCUUCACCUACAAUUAGUAUAAUGCUUCUAUGCCCACACACUGAUUAAUAAUUGUUUUAAUCAAUUGAGUAAUUUAUUCUGAGCAAUGCUGCUAGCUUUAAGUACAAAAUCACAAUGUGUAUGCCACAACAUUUGACAACCCUUUUAUUUUAUUGUAAUUCUUUUUCCUUGAUUUCCUUAAAUCUGUUUUAUUGGUACUCUUAAGGAGGAUCUUACAUGUUCUUGAAAUCUUGAAACACAUUUCUGUGUUACUGUGGUGUGUGGUAAGAUAUUCCUAAAAUAAAUUGUGUAGAAAAGUAACACAAAUGUUGGCGGCUGUCCCUGAUUAAACACUUGGAUAUGCUGAAGAUACGAUUUCCUCUAAUUUAUGAGUGUUGAUGAAAUCUGUGUCUUUGAAGUCCCACAAAGAAAUUGGAUGCAUGGAAGCUUUGUUCAGACAGAGUUCUUUCUUAUGCUGGAAGAGAUUUAUAUUUUACAGAUGUGUAAAUGUUCAAUUGAUACUGAUGCUAAAGUUAAAGGAUUUUAUUUCAUGUUUGAAAUACAUGAUCUGUAUUUACCUGUCAUUGAAUCAGACAUCAUUUAAUAAGCUUUUUUUUUUAUUAGGUUUUACUUUUCUACUUUAUGAAAUGCUCUCAUUCAAUGAUACCGUCACUGUAAACUAGUGUCAACUCAAUUUUGCUAUACCAGCCAUUAAAUGUUCAUACCCUUCCUGUGACUGGUGGAUUUUACUACGAAGCUUUGUAUAAAGAAUAACACCAAAUACUUGGAACAUUGAAAUCAUUUCUGGCCAAUCGAUCUUGAAAUAUAGUUUUUUUUUUUUAAAAAGGCAAUUAGUUAGACAAUUGAUUAUAUUUUAUAUGUAUUA